CAGGGCGUUGGGACGCGUUUUCGCAUUGGGAUGUUCUCGUAGAUGAAGCUUAUGUUGGUAAAAACUCUAUCAAGUUGAGGUGUUAUUGCUUCAUGAAGAAAGAACUUGUUAACUACAUAGACAUUGUUCCAGUAAUGUAUGCCCAGAUUCGACAUAACAAGAGCUCUAUUUGGAGAAACAUGGCCAUGUUGAAUAAAACGGGAUAUUAUAUGCUAAAUACUGAUUCAAUCGAAGGGAACUAUUCUAUUUCUGACGGAGGCUGUGAAAUUCAGUCGGGCGGGGCUUAUUAUUAUUGCAAUAUGAGAAUUAUUUCACUAUUUACAAUACGUGGAUGUUCAAUUGAUCCAGAUCUGUAUUCCGUCUUCCGGUGUCAAUUUUCAAAUGGAAGUGGGAUACUCACCAGCCAAGAAAAAGAUACAGUUAUAAAACGUGAUUUCGGGUUUUAUUUCCUUGAAUUUGGACAGGGAAGCAUACAAUUACAAACAAAUCACGAAAAUCCAUUUUCUGAAGGGGAUGUUGUGCAGUUGCAGUUUAGUGGAAACAUCAGACGUAUUUCUGCGUUAACGAAAGGUGUCAGAUGGUGCAAGAAAGAAUCUGGGACAUUCAAGCCCAUCAGCCUACAAGAUUCUCCCAUUAUGACUUUAGUACCUAGCGGCCAAGAUGGAUGCACUCAAUUUUCUUUAAUAUUUUAUCACAUUACACAAAAUGACACAGAUCUGGAAAUCAUGUGUGAUAUGAAAAGCUCUAUUUACGAUACUGAAUGUCGGGAAUAUAGUAAUACUCCGAAAAUUUUGAUAAACACAAGCAUCGAAACCAAAGGCAAUGAAUGGAGAUUAUCACCAAUAAUAAUAUACGACAAAGAUGGCAUCAUCAAUUCACAUAAUUUCACCAUGCAAGGAAGUGGUAAAACAAUUCAACUACUUUGUAUGGCAUCUACAUUCUCUGCAACAAAAUUGGCGGUAUUGAACUGGUGUGUCAGAAAGAAUGACCAAGUCAUCUGGAACAAAAUAGUUCUUCAAGAAGAGGAAAUAAAAGCUUCUGGAAACAAUUCCGGAGAAUCAGUAAAAUUCAGCAGGAUAAUCUACCAUAUAAAACAAUAUGACAGAGCAGUCCAUUUCCGUUGUGAAGUUUCUAAAUCUUCCUUGAACGCAUGUGGAUCUGGGCUGAGUUUCGUUAAUGUGACAAUAUCGAAGAAAAAAGAAAAAACUCCACCUGCUACUGAGAACCAGAAAUCUAUUACUGCUGGUACCACAGUAUUGUCACUGACCUCAACUGAACACCAAAUAUCCAGUACUGUAACAGUCUAUUGA